UGCGGGGCCAGGGCUGUGCGUGUUUCCCCCCGCUGUGUUUGGAGCUGGGGCUGUCUCUACUCCCUCCCCUCCACAACCUCCUGCCCCGUGUGUGGCUGUGGGUCUGUGACAGUGCUGUGUGUGCAGGGUCAGGGCUGUCCCUGCCCCCUGUACGUGUCUGUGUGCCGUGUCUGACCCCCCCCCGUGUGGUUGUGCCCGGCCUGGCUGUCACCAUGCCCCCGCUGUUACAGCACCCAGCCCUCUCUCCAUGCCUAAUUGUUUUGGGUGCUGUUUGUGUGUUGUUUUCUGGCAGGUGUGCAGCAGGAUUGUCCAAGCCAUGAUCGAGGUGUUGGCCAAACUGGGCCGUGGGCCUGUCUUCCUGGCUGGGGAAGUGUUGGAGUGUGUGAUCACAUUCACCAACCCAUUAUCUGCCACCUCUACCUCCGCCAGCAGUGAGAUGCUGGCGUGGGCCAGUGCCCAAAUCCACUGCCAGUUCCACACCAGUGAGAACCGGGUGGCGCUCCCUCCCUCCGACGGCAGCAAGCACGAUGUGCAGGCAGAGAACGAGACAGUCUUUGUCCCCAACAGAGGAGAGAGGGGACAGUGUAUCCUGUCCACCCCACCGAAGAUUCUCUUCUGUGACUUGCGGCUGGAUCCCGGGGAGUCAAAGUCCUAUGCAUACUGUGAGACACUGCCCAUAGAUGGACCCCCUUCUUUCCGGGGACAGUCGGUGAAGUACGUGUACAAGCUGACCAUUGGCUGCCAACGUGUCAACUCCCCCAUCAAGCUCCUGCGUGUGCCCUUCCGUGUCCUUGUGCUGCAGGGGCUGAAGGACUACCAGUUCCCACAGGAUGAGGCCGUUGCACCCUCAAACCCCUUUCUGGAGGAGGAAGAGGGCUUGAAGAAGGACUCGCGCCUUGCUGACCUGGCAACAGAACUGCUCAUGGUGGCCACCUCCCGACGCAGCCUGCACCUGUACAACAUCAGCAACACUCGUGGGAAGGUGGGGACGUUCUGCAUCUUUAAGACUGUGUAUAAGAUUGGAGAGGAUGUCAUCGGGACCUUCAACUUCUCAGAAGGAGACAUCCCGUGUCUGCAGUUCUCGGUGAGCCUGCAGACGGAGGAAAGCAUCCAGGAGGAGUUUCAGCGCCGGCGAGGGCAGCCCGUCUCCUUCAGCACGCAUGCCCGCCACCAGGAGUCCUGCCUGCACACGGCCCAGAGCAGCUUCAGCCUGCCCAUCCCGCUCAGCUCCACCCCGGGGUUCAACACCAACAUCGUGUCCCUGAAGUGGAGGCUGCACUUUGAGUUUGUCACCUCCCGGGAGUCAGCAGGGACUUGCCUGCUCCGUGGGAGCCAGUCGGAGGCCAUCACCUGGACUGGGGUGGAGCAAAUGGAUGUAGACACAUUCAGCUGGGACUUGCCCAUCAAAGUUCUUCCCACCAAUCCCAUCCUGGCUUCCUAUGUAUCUCAGUUCUCCAGCACCAACUCCAUCACCAUCUGAAGUGGGGAGAGCUGGGAGACACCUGCUGGUGCUGCUGGUGGGAAUGGCAGGCAGGACUGUCACCAGUGUGUUAUGGGGCACACACCCCAAUGUCCCUAUAGGUUCAUCUGCAGUGCUGAGGUGGGCACUGGGUGAGCGUCCUGCCUGCAGGUUGAGGAGCACUUGCUGCAGUGUCAUCCUGCAGCCCUUGGCUGGGAGACGGACCCUUCCUGCCUGGGUGAGGGGCAUGGAUCCCAGCACUCACUGAAAAGAAAUCUGCCUCCCAGGUAACAUCCUGAUGUGCCUUUGCCCACAGGGGGCUUCCAAGUGGGAAAAGUGCACCCUGCGGAAAGGAGGGUAUAGCUCUUCUGGUGCAGGAUCAUACCAGCCAUGGGUUCCUGUAUAGAGGGAGCUCACAGGCAGAGAUUACUGUCCUGCUGGUGGGGAAGCUUCUCUCCUGCUGUGGCACACAUCCUGGAUCUUGUGAGGGAUGUCUUGUGCACAUCUCAGAAUGAUUCUGUGCACUGAGUUAGGUAAGGGUGGACUAAUGGUUAGACUCAAAGAUCUUAAAGGUCUUCUCCAACUAGGAAAUCCUAGUUCUUUGUGCCCAGCCUAGUGCCCCAGUUACCCUCACCCAGAGCUACCUGGUCUUGGCAGGAUGGCACAUGGUGGUGGGUGGCCAUGCGUGGUGGGCAUGAUGAUGGUGCAGAACUGGGAAGCACUGAGCACCAGGGCUGUUCUCUGCCCAUGCUCCUGGGUGUGAAGGCCUCCUGCUGGUCUCGGGAUCCCUGGGGAGCUGGAGUGAAGGAGUCCUGUGCUGGGAUGGAGGUCUAGACAACCAGCUCCCCACUUCAACCAAAGCUUUCAAAGAGUUGUAUUCUACAUGUGGAAAUGUAAUAAAUACUCGAUUGUGCAAAA